CAAUUUUCUCCAACAGAUGGCGUCUAUGGACAAACCGUAUCUGGAGUCACAGCCGAUGGUAAAACUUACCUUUGCCUACCUACUGGUACGGCAUGUCCGACUCUUAGCAUGAAUAUAAUCGAUCCAAGAAUUGUGACCCCAACAGGAGCGAGUCCCUUAUGCCCAACGGGAUUCUUUCCUUGCUAUGGUGCAGCCACCCAAUGCGGACAAGUAUUUUUACCCCCCAACACAACUGCCGACGGCCCCUCCAGUUUCGGUGCCUACCCUUGGCAGGCGUACCUCAGCAACGCAACGAACAAUUUUUCAGGAAGCGGUGUCCUAUUGGAUUCCUUUCAUGUUCUCACUGCCGCUCAUAAGGUUUACUUGAAUUUGGCAACCCCAUCUGCGAUAACAGUUUGGCUGGGAGUAUGGAAUCCGAACAAUCGUGUGAACGUCCAAAGAAGUGCUGUUGCAGUAGCAGGAAUAUGCAUACACCCGCAGUUCAAUGCGACCACGUUAAGAAAUGACAUCGCGGUUCUUACACUGGCACAACCUAUUGUAUUGGGAAUUUAUUCGAAUAUAAAUACGGUAUGUCUGGCUACCACUGGUGCAGCAACUUCUUAUGUGGGACAAUCGUGCAGGGUUUCCGGAUGGGGCCAAACGAGUUUCACAACCUUUGACGCCCCAACCAAUCCUCAGAAGCAAGUAACAGUCUCAAUAGUGUCUUACGAAACGUGCCGAGCGUCGAUGGCAACUCUUCUUGGCAACAAUGUUGACAUCUAUCUUGAUCCUAUGGGAGAAAUUUGUGCAGGAGGGGUCUCCAUGAUUGAUGCUUGUACGGUGAGUAGAGAGGAGACUUCUCUCAAAUUUAAGGUUUUGUGUGUUUUCUUAGCCGGACUUGUGAUUUGGGGUAAAAACUGCGGACAACCUGGAGUAUACGGGGUCUAUGUUAAUGUGCCAUUUUAUUAUACUUGGAUACAAGGUAUCCUAACUUCGACAGCUAGGAACUGCUGGGCGGGUUAGUGUAGAUUUUAUUGAAAAGAAUAUAGGUCAUACAGGAAGUGGUAAUCUCUUUAUAAAAAAGUAAGAUCAUAAUGGAACAUGCGGAUGAUUUUCUAGUGCCUUAACAUUUAUUGAAUGAAACCCAUUUGAGAGAUUUUGGAAACUAAUGAAAAAUUAUACGGGGUGGAUCUUCUUGAUAAGUGAGUGAACAUUAUUUUAUAUGGUAAUUAAAAUUACUCUGACAAUA